AUGCAGCGCUGGACCUUCCCCAGCUUCCGCCUCCCAACCGGCACAACCAACACCCACUCCGGAAACAUCCACCCUCAGCCCAUCCAUCACGAUCAAAUGGAAGCCACACACCCCAGAAACAACCCCUCCCGCUCCCAGGGUCUCCAACCUAACCAGGCCCACAACCCCUCUCCUAAGCACAACCACAUCGAACGCACCCUCCGCUCCCGAAUCACCAAGCAAAAAGCCAAAAACGAGCGGUUGCGUAAGAACAUCGCUAACCUAGAAGCCAAGAGCGCUUACCUCCGGCGCCUCAAAGGGUUGGAGAAAGAGGUUGAGCAACUGGAGAAGGAAGGGAGGGAGCUUGCUAGACGGGAGAAAGAGGUUAGGAGGGUUGUGGAAGCGGGUGAGGAGGGUCUGGAAGAGAAGGGGGAAGAGAAGGGGGAGGGUUGGGGUGUUGAUGGGGAUGAUCAGGGGGGAGAUGACGGUGAUGAGGAUGACGAGGAGGGAGCUAGGGGCGGGGGUAGGGACAGGACCAGGAAUAUAGACGGAGAGGGAUCGGUUAAGAGAGAGGAGGAGGGCUCAGAGAAGGAGCGAGAGGGAAGUGUUUGGCGGUUCAAGAGGGAGGACGAGGGCAAAGUCAAAGUGAAGCAGGAGGCGGAGGCGGAAGUCAAAGAUUCCCUGGAUAUAUGGAUUGAGGAGAUUGAGUUGUUGAGUAGUGCUGCGGCUUGGAGAUGGUUGGACUCGCGUUUGGCGGUGGAGAUCUAG